AACAAUUUUCAUUUUGUUCGUCGACAUCUCCGGCGACGACGCAUCUUCCUUCUUGCGUAGCGGUGUCUAGGCCUCCGGCAUUUCAUUGAAGCGGCCAUCCUUCUUCUCCGAUCUGCCUGAACAGCUCGAUUCGAUCCGGUCAAUAGUUUUACUCAAAUUCUCGUUCUGUAAACACUUCCCCAGCCUGAAGAAAUGGUCGGAUGGCAUCUGAAUCUGCCUUCCUUACUGCGUCAGGCUGGGAGACGAUUUGGACAUCCACAUACUGUGAUUUCCAACUCCUGCUUUCACGCUAAGGCUUCUCCAGUUAUGGGGCAGGUGUCUUAUUCUAAUAGUGUGAGAAAUUUGCUUCGCCCAUGCAUCCCAAGGACGUCAUUCCAAUAUCUACAGACAUCCGGGCUCUCUGGCUCGAGAGCAUUGCACGAUGAUGCAACACCCGUAUCUUCCCUAUUAACACCACAAAUAACAUCAGGUGAUGGUAAAACUGAGGCUGGGAAAGCAAUUUUGAAGCCCUCUACAGUUCAGGCAGUUUUGAAAGGAAUAAAACAGAGUCCAAAAAAAGUAAACCUGGUGGCUGCAUUAGUUCGUGGAAUGCGUGUUGAAGAUGCAUUGUUACAGUUGCAAGUGACAGUCAAGCGAGCUGCAAAAACAGUUUACCAGGUUAUACAUUCAGCUCGUGCAAAUGCUACCCACAAUCAUGGAUUAGACCCAGCCCGUCUUCUUGUUGCGGAGGCAUUUGUGGGGAAAGGACUCUAUCUGAAGAGGGUAUCUUACCACGCCAAAGGCAGGUCUGGCGUAAUGGAAAGGCCACGGUGUCGACUGACAGUUGUGGUCAGGGAGAUCACUCCCGACGAGGAGGCUGAAAUCGCUAAACUGAAAGUCGUCAAAUUCCGGAAGCUCACGAAACGUGAACACCGCCUGGUCCCACAUAAACUCAUCGAGACGACUCCAGUGUGGGCCCGUAGAACUAAAUCUCGAAAUAACAGACCAGUUGCCGACGAUGAUGCUGCUGCUGCUGCUUGAGCUGGUGUGGUGCCGCGUCCUUGGUAAAAUUCUACCUGAAUUUUUAGUCUUAAAUCUUUUUUUUCUUUUGUCAAACUAAUUCAGAACCUAAAUGCGCUGCUUGAUGUUUAAGUUCAUUAUAAGAGAUAAUUAUUCGAUUCACCCAAAUUUAGGGCCAUUUUGGUGAGCUAAGCAGAACUUAUAUUAUACGGAGUACUCUCCCUAUGAAUAUCUCUUUGGUUGUUUUGUAUGAAUUUUCCGAGUGUUCAUCAUGGUUCAUCCCUAAAAAUAAAUGUGAAGAAUUCCU